GUCGAGCACCUACGGGCCUUGUUUGGACAGUUCAGCACCGAGUGGCCAUUUCGAACUCUCUCUAUAUGAGUGGGUUUUUUUUUUUUUUUUUUUUUUUUUCGUUGAUGUGAGUGGUUUUAAUGUACAACAACAAGAGAUUCUUGUUAUACCAUGGGUAAAACACUCCUAAAUGUGUCGUUGGUCUUACUUCUGGUUUCACUGUGCAGAGGAAGCGAGACGCUCUGCAGAUGGAUGCUGGGACGCUGUCAAGGGUGGAGGAAUCGGAUGUAUUAUGGCGCGUUAAUUAUGAUGAGUUCAUCAGGAGAUUCCGUCAUCAGGCAUGCGUGAAGCUGAUAAAGGAAAGGAUUGACGCCACUGCAUCACUUGUAUUUGAAACAAUGUUGAAGGAGACACGGGCACAAGAGGGACCGGUGAAGCAGAAGUUUUCAGCGUCGAUGUCACUGGAAGCGAUAACAAGUGCCAUUAGAUCAACCAGUGAGGGACGCCUUAUGACCAUGGAUCGGGUCAGGUCAGCGCUCCAGCAAAUGAUAACUGACACCAGCCAAAUUAUACAGAAAAUGGGGGAGGGCCUUGGAGGGGCGCAUUAUGUCAUCAAUUUGCAGAGCAUUGUUCGACUGAUGACUAUGCAAGAGCUGGAAGGAAUCAUUGCAAAUCGUUUUGGUUUAUCGGGUUGCCGUGUCUUUAGGCUUCUUCUCAUGAAGAAACAGUUGGAGCAAAAGCAAAUUGCAGAGAUGGCGAUGAUCCCCAUCAAGGAUACAAGAGAGGUGCUGUACACAUUGCUAAAAGAGGAGUUUGUUCAAUUGCAGGUGCUGCUGCUACAGCCUUUAGCACCUUUUUGCCUUGCGUAUAUGUCGUCCGUCGAAAACGUUGUUCGCUGGAUAGAAGAAGAGCACCGUGCCGUCUGCCCAGACGACGACAGCGCUGCGCCUGGGGUGAAUAGAAGUCCUGGCUAUGGCAUUUAUGGGUAGGUGACUGCAAUUCCAGCCUGCUCCGCAAAACCACGAG